AUGCUAUUGGAAUCUUUUAACCAUUCCUCAGCCGCUUCCAAGGUGAUAACAGACGUUGUUGUAAUCAUGAUGAUGGAGGUAGAGGUGACCCAACAGUACUAUAUGGCUGGCAAUACUGCGCAUCUCACUCCAUCCAACGUCGUGCUCUCCCACGACCUUAGUGAGAUCUCCGAGAGCUCAUGCAAGCAGUCGACCCUCAAAAUCUAA